AUGGUCCAACUCGCAAGUCUCACCGUCGCGAUUAUUGCGACCUCCCUAGCCCCGAUGGUCGCAGCGAGAAACUGCAAGACGGGCCUCAACUAUUGUGGUUAUAAUCUUCUCAACAUUGGCAACUAUGCCGCACAAAUUAAUCAGGCCCUUUCCGACGCCAAGCAGCACAUCGACAGUGCCCAUAUCCACGAAUCGAUCUUCCACUGUAAUGGGGGAUCUAACGGCGACAUCACUUGGCUAGCCUACUGUGGUUCCGGAUGUCAGGAUGGUGGAUCGGGAAAGAGCGAUUUCUGCUAA